UCGCGGCGCAGCUCUGACGUCGCGGAUCAAGAUGGCGGCGCUGAGGCGGGCGGUGCCGGCGCUGGGCCGGGCGCUGGCGGGGCCCGGUGGGACGGUCCCAGGGCGGCGUUGGGUGCGGGCGCUGAGGCGCAGCCCUGUGCGGGUGCUGCCGUCCCGAAAGGAGCAGGCCGAGGCGCAGCGGAGCCCCGUGGAGCCCCAUCCGCCUCCCCCGGCUGUGGAGCGGGGCUCGGCCGGGCCGGGGCUGUGGUACGAGAAGGCGUCGCCCGGCGACAAGAGCUUGGGAAAAGUGGUGACCAUCGCUAAAUCGCGGAGUUUCCGCGACCGCCACGGGAAGGUGCUGCUGGAGGGACAGAGGCUGAUCCGGGACUCGCUGGAGGCGGGCGCCGUGCCCCGGGCUCUGUUCUUCAGCACCGCGGUUCACCUGAGGGAGCUGCCGCCGGCACCGCUGAAGGGAGCCCGCCUGGUCAAGGUGAAGUUCGAGGACAUCAAGUGCUGGUCCGACCUGGUGGCCCCACAGGGGAUGAUAGAAGCUCUGGCCGUGUGUCAAACGUGGCAUAACUGGAAAGCUCCCUUCCAUCGGGCCUGCUGGAUCUUCUCCAAGCCUGACCAUGCCAAGAUGUCCUACCCCACUGCUCAGCUGCCCAUAAUCCUCAUCUGCGACAACGUCCGGGAUCCAGGAAACCUGGGGACUAUUCUGAGAUCUGCAGCAGGAGCAGGCUGUGAAAAAGUGCUGCUCACCAAAGGCUGUGUGGAUCCGUGGGAGCCAAAGGUGCUUCGUGCAGGUAUGGGAGCUCACUUCCGUGUGCCCAUUGUUGCCAAUCUGGACUGGGAAUCUGUUCCCAGCAACCUUCCAUCUGGUGUGCGGGUCUGCGUGGCCGACAACAAGGACCCAGGCGCUCAGGCUGAGACAGAACCCACGUCCCAGGGAGCUGGCAGGUCUGGCUCCCGAGCUGGCAACCCAAAGGCUCCUGUAAAACCCAAACACAAGGCUGCUCCUCCUGAACACGAGGAUGAGGAGGGAGCAGAGGCUGUCUGCACCUCGGAGCUUGCAGCACAGUAUUACUAUGAGAACUGGAUACAGUCUCCAGCGGCAGUUGUGGUUGGAGGAGAGACGCACGGCCUGAGCCCAGACGCGCUUCACCUCGCAGCCAGCACGGGUGGGAAGAGACUGGUCAUCCCCGUGGUGCCUGGUGUGGACAGUUUGAACUCUGCUGUAGCUGCUGCCAUUGUGCUGUUUGAAGGGAAGAGGCAGCUGCAGUGGAGGAGGCACAAGCAGGAAGAUGAAAGGCAGAAGUUCCCAGUAGUGGGAUAAACUGCUGAAACUUGGGUGCUGAAGCAGCAUCUCUUCCCUUUGGCACUCCGCAGAGGAAUUAAUAAAAGAGCAGCCUGGUCUGUUUUGUUUGCAAAAAGA